AGCCGCGGCCACCGCCGCACGUCCCCCGCGCCUCCGCAGACCCCGGAGCCCGCGCCGCGGCCGGCAGCACCCAGCAGCGCCCGGCAGCACCCGCAGCACCCGCAGCACCCAGCAGCGCCCGGCGGCACCCGCAGCACCCGCAGCACCCAGCAGCGCCCGGCAGCGCCCGGCAGCACCCAGCAGCGCCCAGCACCGCAGCCAGCAGCACCCAGCGCCGCAGCCGGCAGCACCCAGCAGCACCCAGCGCCGCAGCCAGCAGCACCCAGCGCCGGCCGGAUGGAGCGCCCUCAGCCCGACAGCAUGCCCCAGGAUCUGUCAGAGGCCCUGAAGGAGGCCACCAAGGAGGUGCAUACCCAGGCGGAGAAUGCCGAGUUCAUGAAGAACUUUCAGAAGGGCCAGGUGACCCGAAAAGGCUUUAAGCUGGUUAUGGCUUCCCUGUACCACGUCUACGAGGCCCUGGAGGAGGAGAUCGAGCACAACAGGGAGAACCCGGUCUACGCCCCUCUCUACUUCCCAGAAGAGCUGCACCGCAAGGCCGCCCUGGAGAGGGACAUGGCCUUCUGGUAUGGCCCCCGCUGGCACGAGGCCAUCCCCUACACGCAGGCCACCCGCCGCUACGUGCAGCGCCUCCAGGAGGUGGGGCGCAGGGAGCCAGAGCUGCUGGUGGCCCACGCCUACACCCGCUACCUCGGUGACCUGUCGGGGGGCCAGGUCCUCAAGAAGAUUGCUCAGAAGGCCCUGGACCUGCCCAGCUCCGGGGAGGGCGUCGACUUCUUCACCUUCCCCAACAUUGCCAGCGCCACGAAGUUCAAGCAGCUGUACCGCUCCCGCAUGAACUCUCUGGAGAUGACGCCCGCGGUCAGGCAGAGGGUCAUCGAAGAGGCCAAGACUGCCUUCCUGCUGAACAUUCAGCUGUUUGAGGAGCUGCAGGAGCUGCUGAGCAAGGACACUGAGGACCAGAGCCCCUCACAGGCCUCAGGGCUACGACAACGGGUUGGCAGCAGAGCACAAGACUCGACUCCUGCGGAAACUCCCAGAGGGAAGCCCCAGCUCAACCUGCCGUCCCAGGCACCGCUCCUCCGAUGGGUCCUUACACUCAGCUUUUUGGUGGCAACGGUGGCUGUGGGACUUUAUGUCAUGUGAAUGCAUGGGCACUGGCUCCUUAGGCUGUGAACUCUGUCCAAUGGAGGACCUUGUUUCUGGAGAGGGACUAUCUCUUGGCUUCCUUACUUUAGGCACAGGGGGCUGUCUGUGCCCCCCACCCCCGCCCUGACCCUGCAUCCCUCUCUUUGGAAAGGGAGAGUCUGUGGCAUCUUCCCCAACCAAAAGCACAUCCAGUUCAAUGACAUGAACUUCUGAAGUGGGAUGAGGGGUCCUGCCUGGCCCCUCAGCACCCCCAGUUCCUGCAGUAGAGCCCAGAAGACAUGGCCAGAAGUGGCGGCUGUCUUGAACCUCCAAAUGCCCUGGGUGUGUGGUCUCCUUGACAUGCUAUGACCACUUUCUCUGUGGGCCAUGGCGAUUUUUAUAUCAAAAAAGAUGUGUCUUGUGUUUGUCUUGUUUUUGUUGGAGCUGCGUUUUGUUCCUGGCUCCACCUGAACUGUGGUAUUUUGUUUGUUCUGUUUUUAUAGCACAGUUAGGGUGAGU